UUUGAGCCUUAGCUUCCUCAUCUGUAGAGUGAAGUUCAUGGGGCCAGCCAGUGAGAACACAGAUGACCCACAGACCUCUGCACCCUCAUUUCCUGAGCUCCCAAGCAGGCCGUGCAAACUAUUGUAGAGGGUCUGGAGUGGAGUCCAGGCAGGUGGGCCCUGGGAGAGCACAGGGCUUGGUGGCUCAGUGGUGGCUGGAGCCUUGUUUUCCCCAGCUGACUGUGUACGUUGAUUCCCAGUUCCUGUCAGUGACUCAUUAGUACCUUAAAACAGGCCAUCAUGGGAGCAUUUUACUACAAAACUCUGGCAAAGGCCCCAAGUUAGGGCACCCCCAACCCUGGGCUGAUUUGCGGUCUGACAGCUGGGAAGCUUCAACCUCCUCCCAGCUACCUCCGUGCCCUGCUCACCCCGCGGUGCCCUGGGCUCCACUGAUGUGCUCUGCUUGGGGCUGGGAGAUUCUAGUCUGGCAGAUAACCAGGUUGCCUGUGUGGCCAGGCAAGCUUCAACCCGGGAUGUGCUGGCAGCUGCUGGAGGGCCUGCAGGAAAGCUGUAGAAGGCUGAUGGGGAGCCCAGUGUGCAGGGAGGCAGCCUUCCAGACCCAGCUGGCAGGGGUGUAUCUGGCUCCUUGCAGGGCUGACCUGGGCUGGAGGGUCUGUUGUAUCCAGUGAGACUGGGAAGGUACCCAAGGCUUGCUGGACAGUAGGAAGGUGCCUUCAGCUUAGUCAGGAAGGGUGCUGGUACCAGGUGCUGUGAGGCCUGAGAGCCCACAGUACAGAAGGUGAUGGGGAAGCCCCAAGGAUUUAGGGGUCCCGAGUCUGCCAGGAGAACCUCACCAAACAGAGGGCUUGGGUUAGGGUCCCCAAACACCCUUCUAUGCUGGGCAUCCCAGCCCACAUGGAGUCAGCCCAACAUCCAGGGCAGAUGCUAAUGAUGUGACCCCAUCAGUAGGGCUCCAGGCAGUGGGGCCAGACAGCCCACGUUCAGCUCCACAAAAACGUGGUACUUAUCUGGGUCAGGUGGAUCACUGGUGGCCCCACCUUAUCUGACCCUGGGAAGCACCCUCUGAAUCUGGAUGAUGGCCUAGGGCCAAGUCAGGUUUCUAGCCUGGGCUGGUUGGACUGGCAGAGGCUGUGUCUCUGUCAAUGCAGAUUCCCCAGGAGAGGCUGCCAGGGUAAGAAGGAUGGCAGGGGGUUGUCUGGAGGCCAGGAAGGUGGAUGGGUGGCUCACUGGUGGUAGGAGGCAGGGUCCCUGGGGCUUGCUGGGCCUGACUGGACAGUGGCCCGCUGCUGGUGGUGCUGAACCUGGGAGGCCCCCAGAUGGGAGGCAGCUCUGGGGCUGUCACUUCACUCCUGCAGAACGAGGACGAGACACUGGACACAUAGCCUCUGCAGUCAGGGUGCCCCUGGUGAAUGCUACUCUGGGCUGCAGGCCGGGAACACCAAGGGACACUGUGUGGCCAGAGUUGGCACCAGGAGACUUGGUCUGCCCUACCUCCGCCAGUGACAUGCUUUGCAGGCGGCAGCCACUAUCCAUGUGCACCUGGACCAUGAAAGCCCAGGACUGCAGGAGGGGGUGGAUUUGGCAUGGAGGAUACUGCUGGGCAGCACACGUACCACAGGAACUCUGAAGCUAAGCUGAGCCAAGAUGCCGCCAGAGCCCCUGGAGAGGGCCUGGUUUCUGAAGACUCGGAGUUGGCUGUGAAAAGCCCUUGGGGGGCCCCCCCAACGGCAGGGACGCUCCUGGCUCCUGUGAAGGGGCUCAGGGCCUGGGCAGGCCAGCUGUGCUGCAGCUAUGGACCGUGAGCUGGCCUGGCCUGCGUCCUUGCUGACCCUGCCCAUCUGCAGCUGUGCCCAACAUGGGCUCCUCAGUGUACAUCAUGGUGGAGCUGGCCAUUGCCGUGCUGGCCAUCCUGGGCAACGUGCUGGUGUGCUGGGCUGUGUGGCUGAACAGCAAUCUGCAGAACGUCACCAACUACUUUGUGGUAUCCCUGGCGGCAGCCGACAUCGCUGUGGGGGUCCUUGCCAUCCCUUUUGCCAUAACCAUCAGCACGGGGUUCUGUGCCGCCUGCCACAGCUGCCUCUUCUUCGCCUGCUUCGUGCUAGUCCUCACGCAGAGUUCCAUCUUCAGCCUCCUGGCCAUCGCCAUUGACCGCUACAUCGCCAUCCGCAUCCCACUCCGGUACAAUGGCUUGGUGACAGGCACGAGGGCCAAGGGCAUCAUUGCAGUCUGCUGGGUGCUAUCGUUUGCCAUCGGCCUGACUCCCAUGCUAGGCUGGAACAACUGCAGUCAGCAGGAGGGCAGAAACCACUCGCAGGGCUGCAGGGUGGGCCAGGUGGCCUGUCUCUUUGAGGACGUGGUCCCCAUGAACUACAUGGUGUACUACAACUUCUUUGCUUGUGUCCUGGUGCCCCUGCUGCUCAUGCUGGGUGUCUACUUGCGGAUCUUCCUGGCAGCCCGGCGACAGCUGAAGCAGAUGGAGAGCCAGCCUCUGCCGGGGGAGCGAGCCCGGUCCACGCUGCAGAAAGAGGUCCACGCUGCCAAGUCACUGGCCAUCAUUGUGGGGCUCUUCGCCCUCUGCUGGCUGCCCCUGCACAUCAUCAACUGCUUCACCUUCUUCUGUCCCAAGUGCAGCCACGCCCCACCCUGGCUCAUGUACCUGACCAUCAUCCUCUCCCACACCAAUUCCGUGGUGAAUCCCUUCAUCUAUGCCUACCGCAUCCGCGAGUUCCGCCAGACCUUCCGCAAGAUCAUUCGCAGCCACAUCCUGAGGCAGCGGGAGCCCUUCAAAGCAGGUGGCACCAGUGCCCGGGCCCUGGCAGCUCACAGUAGCGACGCGGAGCAGAUCAGCCUCCGCCUCAAUGGCCACCCUCCCGGGGUGUGGGCCAACGGCAGUGCCCCCCAGCCUGAGCGGCGACCCAAUGGCUACACCCUGGGGCUGUUGAGUGGAGGGAGUGCCCGUGAGUCCCACCGGGACAUGGGCCUCCCAGACGUGGAGCUCCUCAGACAGGAGCUCAAGGGAGAGUGCCCAGAGUCCCUGGGCCUCGAGGGUCCCCAAGCCCAGGAUGGAGCAGGAGUGUCCUGAUGAACCACUGAGUCUGCCCCUUCCUAAGGGAAGGAAAUCUUUCUCUUCCUGGUUGCUGGAACCAGUCACGUUGAGAGAAGAGUGCAUGUGCCGGAGACCCUUCUCAUGGCCGGUUUCCACUUUGGACUGAGGAGGGAGCCCCGGCUGGAGCAGCAUGAGGCCCAGAAGGAAGGGUUUGGAGUCCGAGGAAGUGGACGUUUCAUGCUGGGAGGCCCUGCAUCAGGCCAGAGCCCCAGCACGAGAGCAUCUUGGCUGGCCAGGGCUGGUCCCCAACUCCAGAAGCACCUAGAAGUGCCACCUUGUCUCCGCAGAGCAGCUGUGGCAGAGCAGGUUGGCUGGCCUGAGGCUGGGGAGUGGUUCCAAAAGGCCCCCCUGCCACACACACACCACCCUCCCCAGACUUUCCAAGGAUUCAGGAGCUAUUGUGCUCAGAGGUGGCGUUUGACUAUUUUUUCCAGGAGAAAAUGUAAGUGUGAGGAAACCCUUUUAAUCUUCCCUGCCGGGUUGCUGGCUCUGUUUCAGCCCUGCUGCUAACCUGGCACCAGGAGUUGGCCCAGGGAGACCCAGGCAGCCCUCUCCCGCUGCCAUGAGCUGUCAUGCACGUCUCCUUCGAGGACAGCGAGUUGUAAUGGAGCCGUGCCAGAGCGUGGGCGCAGGGGAGGAUGUCGGGGCUGGCCAGCAUGGGUUAGCCUGGGGAGCUCAGAGCUGCCCAGGUAGAGGCCCUAUCUAACUGCCUUUUCUUCUGAAGGGAAUGUUUUUUUUUUCUGAGAUACAAUAAAAAUGAGCCACGUUGUGUUUUAA